UGGGUGUGUGUGGCCCAGAAAAAAACCCCGUGGAGCAACAGCGUCUGUAACAACAGCACCGAGCGGAAAGUGUCCUGCGAUCAGGCUGACAUGUGCGUGUGUGUGUGAGUGAAUAUAUGAUCGGUCGAGUGUCGAUAGAACAGUGAUCGAGUGUUGGACCCGUCGGGUCGUGGAGGAGCCUCAGGAUGUUGGUGUUUAUGCUGCUGCUGCUGGGGGGGGCCGCCUCUGUGGACGCGCACUAUUCCUAUGAGAAGCGGUAUGGGGAGACACUCGAUGUCAGGAUGUGGUCGCAUUGUCUCUUACUCAAGUUCAUCCCCGACGACAAAAACUUAGAGUCAGUGAACUUCUGGAAACCCGGCGACCCUUCGGUCCCCGUGGACAGCAGGCGGAGUGUCUUUGGGGGCUACUUGGAGAUCAAAAAUCUAACCCAGAGAGACAAUGGCCUCUACUACAUGAUUGGCAGAAAUGACAAAGUCCUGAAGUCAUGGACCCUUAAGGUCAAAGCAAAGUAUAAGGACCUUGAGCGGGAGACUGGUGAAGAACUCAGAUUCACAUUUCCUCUGGCCAAAUACCACUGCAACAUCCACUUCUUCCCAAAGAAAAAGAUAUAUGAACUGACGAGGUAUAACACCGAGCUAGUUCGUAAUGGCACAAAGGUGGAUACCAACUCAAUCUGCAAUGAAUUUGAAUUUUUAAAUCCGUGUGGGUUGGAGCUGGAGAUGCAGGAGUCGUGCGACGGAUACUUUGAGGUCAGGGAUCAAUAUGGUGGAGUCGCUUUGAAUGUGACAGUGGAUUGGAUGGGCAAACCUUUUGAUUUUGGCUACAUUGGAAUUGGCGUUGGUGCUUCCCUGCUCGCACUUAUCUGCUGCUGCUGUGUGAAACGCUGCUGCUGCAAAAGCUCCAAGAAAAAGGACCAAGACUCUGCUGCCGCUGAAGGGGCUGUGGCUUACAACGAGUAUGACCACCCACCUGUGGCACUGGGGCCAGAGCAGCCCAGUCCGCGCCCUGUGACAUACUACACAGCUCCACCUCCCCAAGCUCCGACUGGCCCGCUGAUACACAAUCCUACUAUAGUGAAUGGGCCACCUGCUUAUGCUGAGGUUUCAGCUCCAGCAGAGCCGGCCUACGCUCCCGUUCCCUCUCUGCUCUCUGACUCUGGGCUGCAGUUUGAACUGACGGGAAUUAACUUUCCCUGUGCUCCCCCUCUCAGCGCAGAUCCAACCUACAACAGUGUUUAUACCUCCAACAAACUCGACUUCCUCUGAAAGCCUUGAAUCUGAACGGUGCACUCAUUGAAUGAAAGGUUUGACAUCAGGGAUAUACCCCUCAUCUGGUUGUCUGGGAACUGGCUCCAGCCAAGAAACAGUCACACAGCCUUGUCCAUAAGAACAGAAUUAAACAAGACAAACACGGUAAUCUGUGAUUUUUAGAAACACUGAUGAGUUCAUUCAAAUACCUAAACCAAAGCAGAGAUAUGUUUUCUUGCCUAUUUCUAUUGUCAAUGCCCAGCUAAGCUCACCAACUGCUGGCUGAACUCAAUCAGCAGUCAGGCUGUAGGGAACCGACUCUGAAAGACACCCAUCCAUUGCAGAUUCCAUAACGCUCCGUUGUGCCAUAUUUGGACAGACUGGGUUAACGAUCAAGGAGAAAGGGAAGACCAUAGGUUUCACUUUUAUUUGAGAUCACACUGAUCAUCAAGCCAUGUGUGAUGAGCAGUUUUGGGAAUACCGAGAUACGAAGUAACGCGUUACUGUAAUUCCACUACUUUUAGCGGUAAUGAGCAUGUAACUAAGUAUUUGUUUCAUGCUAACGCAGCUCAGGUAACGCAGCUACAAUUUCAGAAAUUUAAAUGAGUUUGUUACUUGCGUUACUCUCUUUAGUGAAAACUGAACACUUGCAGACAAGUGAAGCAGAUCCCCCGAAAGAUGGUAGAGACUUAAACUGAUGUUCUGAUUAAGAUCGAUUAAGAUGCAUUUAUUCGUCCCAAACACAUGCACAGAUAUGCAAAGGCACACUCAUGCAGGUAGGGAAAUUUAACCUCUGCUUUUGACCCAUCUGGUGCAGGACACACAGAGCAGUGAGCGACCAUGUACGGCGCUCGGGGAGCAGAUGAUGGGGGAGUAAGGUGCCUUGCUCAGGGGCACUAGACAGGGUAGGGAAACUUUUGGACAGAUCAAUCCAGGUUCGUCUUUUGUUGACUCUCUGUGGAGUCGAACCAGAGACGAACCAGAGACCUUCUCUGCCCAUAGUCCAAGUUUCUGCCACUAGACCACCGCCUCUGGUUGUUUGUUUGAGCCGUCCUUGUAACACCGUACACCUUAAUACUACUUUGAACAACUUUGAAACCUAAACACCUUAAAAAAACGUAAGUCGAGACAUUUUGCUUCUUCGGAGGGUCGCUCAAAACAUAAACCCUUUCUGUAGCGCCGUUGUCGUCAUCAGAGAAUGUCCGCAACUCUACUGGUACCGUUUCAAAAUAAAAUCAUGCAACAUUUUCACAAUAAAAUAACAUUAAGUAACUUAAGUUACUUUCCCUAGUAACUAAUUACUUUUGAUAUACAGUAACUGGUGAAGUAAUUCAAUUACUUUUAAAAUAAGUAACUAUAACUAAGUACUAAUUUUCAGUAACUUGCCCAACACUGGUGACGAGCAGUGAGUUUAAAGCCAUAGGUAAAAAAACAUCUACUCUCGAUAGGGAGUCCUUCUGUAGGUCUUGUCAUGUAUACCUCAUCUGUUACAGACCAGUUUGCCUGUGAAAAACCUGCAUCAGGGAAGCUGAUUUGUAGAGAUACAAAACUACUAACUGACAAUUUUUCUCAGGUCCGUCCACGCAGACUCUAAUGGUUUCUUUUUAAUCUAAUGAAAACAGACUGUAUGAUAACUUGAUAUCACAAACCGAGGUUGCUUUUUUUCCAUUAGUCUUUCGAUGAAGACUUUAACGCACCUCUACACAUCUGUGCCACACUCAUCUCAGCACUGUGCCUUUAACAAGCAACUAAACACGAAUGUAGACGCUCACACAUGCUCACUUCACCUUCUUCUGCAUGUCUCCUCCCUCUCAUAUAUGCACUACAGUAGAUUUUUAUUUAGCUUUUACGACCCAUGUGAUAGUUUUUCAAUUAGUUGUCGUCGUACUCUGCAUGUCGUAGUGCUUUAAAUUCUGUAGAUGGGUUGGAUUUAGUUGAAACUGUAGUUGUAACCCAUGUUAGAAUCCUGUCUUUGUAUCAUUGUGUAUUUUACAAUGUCAGGAGUAUUAAACCUAACAACAAUGAA